AUGGAAUUUGAGACUGUUGUUAAAAUGUUCUUAAAAGUGGCCUCUAUGAAAGGUAUUAUGAGGUUUAGCAGGAAAGGGAAGUUGAGUCCGAGACACAUUGGACCUUGCGAGGUCUUGGAACGAAUUGGCCCUGUAGCGUAUCGAUUGGCAUUGCCUCCAGCACUGUCUUCAUUGAAUGACAACUUGAGCUACGAGGAGAAACCUGUAGAGAUUCUCGCCAGAGAGAUAAAGACAUUACGCCACAGGGAGAUAGCAUUUGUGAAAGUCCUGUGGCAGAUUCAUCAGUUCAAGGAAGCCACUUGGGAGCGAGAGGAUGAGAUGAGGGCCUAG